UUAAAUCGCACGAUGAAUAGCGGGCUUUCGGAAGAGGAGGGCGAGCGACGCGGCUGUAGGGAAAUAAAGCUGUUCUCUGAGAGACACGGAGGGACACAGAUUUGCUGCAAUGGGCAUCAAGUUGUACUACACCACCGUCACGGCGUCCAGGGAGGUGAAGUCCCAGCAGUCGGAGAUCAUUCGCUUCCUGGAGGGCAAGAGCAUCCCGUUUGAGCUGAUUGACAUCUCUGUGGGCGGGGCCGUGCGGGAGGAGAUGAGGAACAAGGCGGGGAACCCCGCGGCAGCCCCCCCGCAAUUGUUCAACGAGGACCAGUACUGCGGGGAUUACUCAAUGUUUUCGGAGGCACUGGAAGGCAACACGGUGGAGCAGUUUCUGAAGUUGGCCUGAGAAGCGUGUCUGGUUGUUCCACCCCCUCGCCUGCUUCUACCAAAAAAAAACGAAACAAGAAAAAACCAAUCAGCAAGCACGUUUUUACAGACCACACCCA